ACAAACAUGGCUCUUGUGAUGAAGUUUGUGGAGUUGGUUUCAACUUUUCUCCAAAAUUCCUCUGGAACUUUUCUUUUCUUAACGUUACUUGUUGCAGUCCUUAUACCGUUAGUUGUCUUCAGAAUCCGUGCAAAGCUGAAUAAAAGAGGACCAAACCCUUUCACCUUUGACUGUCGAAGGCCACCUCAACCCCUGGUCUUAGACCAGGCGGAACGGGACAAAGUGAUCAAGCAAGGAUUUGUUGCGCGGAAAGUGCCUGACAACCUCGAUGCUAUCGUGAUAGGUAGCGGAAUUGGAGGGCUUACCUCUGCAGCCCUUUUGGCGAAGGCAGGAAAGAAGGUUCUGGUGUUAGAGCAGCAUGAUCAAGCAGGAGGAUGCUGCCAUUCGUUUAUAGACAAAGGUUAUGAGUUUGAUCCAGGUAUUCAUUACAUUGGAGAAAUGAACUGCACAGGGACAAUGCGUCUUCUCUCAGAUCAACUAACUGAAGGUCAGCUGGAUUGGGUUCCCCUUGAAAAACAAUAUGACACUGUAGUGAUUGGCAAUGGAGAUAAUGCAAGAAAGUACCCAAUCUGUGGUGGACGGCAGAAUGAAUACCGCAAUGCGUUGUAUGAGAGUUUUCCAAAAGAAAGGAAAGCUAUUGAUCAAUACAUGAAACUGCUUAAGGAUGUUCGUAAAUCAAUGCCAGGUUAUGUAGCUUUCAAACUCAUGCCUGUGUGGUUGGCCAAAUUCAUGUUUACAACUGGAAUUUCAAACUGGAUGACAAAGUUUUUCAAGUAUUCUAAAAGAUCAGUUGCAGAAGUGUUGGAAGAACUGACAGAUGAUAAGGAUCUUCAAACUGUCCUGGCGUACAAUUUUGGUGACUAUGGGACUCUUCCAGGAGAAGGCAGUUUUGCAAUGCAUGCCAUACUUGCAAAUCAUUACCUAUUUGGAGCAUUUUAUCCUCGUGGUGGGGCAAGCGAGAUUGCUUUCCACAUCAUUCCGGUUAUAGAGAAAGCGGGUGGAAAAGUUCUAGUCAGAGCAAGGGUCUCCAAAAUUCUUGUUGAGGAAGCUUCUGGGAAAGUCCAAGGUGUACGUGUUCAAAAGGGCGGUAGUGAGAUGGAUAUUUUUGCUCCAGUUGUGAUUUCGGCUGCAGGGAUCUACAACACAUUUGAGACCCUUCUUCGAUGUGAGGAACCCAUACCCGACAAGAACCUGCUAAAAUCCGAGGGUGUUCGUCAUGGUUACGCGGCCAUGUCGGUCUACGUCGGCCUCAAGGGGACGAAAGAGGACUUCAGACUAAAAGCUUCCAAUGUAUGGGCUUUCACCGACAACGAACUCGAUAAAAGCACUAGGAAGUACUUACAGUCGGACGCUGCUACCGCCGGAACUGAAGAUAUUCCCCUUUUGUUUAUCUCCUUUCCCUCGACUAAAGACCCCGAGUGGGACAGGAGACACCCCGGUAAAACGACAUGUACCGUCAUCACUCUUGCCCCGUACGAGUGGUUUGAGCGUUGGGAGAACGAACGGGUUAUGAAGCGGGGCGAGGAAUACGAGGAAUUCAAAAACCGUAUCGGCAAGCGCAUCUGGGAACAAACUUGCAAGCUCUUCCCGCAAGUUUGCGACCGGGUUGAUUUCUUUGAUGUCGGGAGUCCGUUGAGUAACAGAUACUACAUCGCUGCUCCUCGUGGGGAGAUAUACGGGAUUGAUCAUCACAUUGACCGGUUCAGUCCCAACGCCGCGAUGAAACUCCGCCCGGAUACGUCCAUUCCUGGGUUAUACCUGACCGGACAGGAUAUCUUAAGCUGUGGGUUCGCUGGAGCGAUGUUCAGCGGGGUGAUUACUGCUUCAGCUGUCCUUAAGAGAAAUUUAUUCGCGGAUAUGAGUCGUCUUCAAACGGAGGUGAAGAUAAAAGCAGCGAAGGAAAACGGAGUGGCCAGUGAUGGUUUAGUCAAAGAGUGA